AUGUCGAGCACGGCGAGCAUGAGGGAACCACGGGCGAUGAUGUGCGGCCAGUGCGGCGCGUACCUGACCGCGCCGCCGGGCGCGCGCUCCGUCCGCUGCCCACUAUGCGACCACGUGACGUCCAUCCAGCGCCGGACAAGCGGCCUUGAAGAUUUCCUCAAGGGCUUGAUCUACUCCCUGAUGUUCCCACCUCAGGCGCCGCCGUCGUCGUCUGGGGACUGGCUGCCGGCUAGCUACCCGCGCGAGCCCCCGGGCAGGAAGCGGGCGCUCCUCGUCGGCAUCUCUUACAGCAAUACUAAGUACGAGCUCAAGGGGAGCGUCAACGACGUCAACACCAUGAGCUACCUGCUCCGCAAGAGGUUCGGCUUCCUCAGCGACAGCAUCCUCCGCCUGACAGCGGAGGAGGGGGACCCGAACUGCAUGCCGACGAUGAAAAACAUCCGGCUAGGGAUGCGGUGGCUGGUGCAGGGUUGCAACACCGGUGACGCCAUGUCCCUGGUGGUUCAUUUCUCUGCCCGCAGCUUCGACAAGGCGCUGUGCCCGCUCGACUUCGAGGACAGCGGCGUGAUACCGGACGACGAGAUCAACGAGACCAUCGUACGGCCGCUCGGCCCGGGCGUCAAGCUCCACGCCUUGGUGGACACGGCCGGUAACAGCAGCGACACCGUCGUGCUUGACCUCCCCUACCGCUGCCGCAGACUAUCAAGAACCGGGCAGUGGCAAUGGGAAAACCAUCGACCGGAGACGUCCAAGGGUACCAAUGGAGGACUCGCGAUAUCGAUCAGCGGCUGCAGAGACAGCCAAAACACGCGCACAACUUCAGCCUCCCCCGUAGUUGGCGGCGCCAUGACUUACAACUUCAUCAGAGCGUUGGAGUCUGAGCCAAACACCACCUACGGUCGCCUCAUCAACGCGAUACGGGCCGAGAUGAGCCCGGAGCCCCAGCUACGCGCAUCGGAAGAGUUUGACAUCUACCGGAAGCCGUUUCUCCUGUAGAAGACUUACUGUUACCGGAUCAGGACGUGUGGCGCGCGGCACUCAACACCACCACCAUAUAUAUCUUACUCCCUCCCAUAAAAGUUGUCCUAACUUUAUUUCAAUUACCACAGUGAUCCUCGCAUAUGCGAGAAAAUUGGCAUGGACUUUUUGUUGGAUAUGUGCCUAGAGACAAAUAAAUAAAGAUGUUUUUUAUUGUCAUAUCUUUUUUUUUGUUCAUAAUAAGUUUUAUGACAUGCUAUACCACAGAUCUUCAACCAGUUAACACCAUUACUGGCCAGAUAACGGCGUCUGCUAUGUGUAAGUUUGCAUACGUCAGCAGACAACGGUAUUCCAAAACUCUUUUACCAAGGUCCGAUUUUUCGUCACUAAAGGCGCCUCAAACGCUACAGGAUAAAAAAAAAUCCAUGGUUAGUCCUUAGGCGACGCGAUAUGCACCACAGAACCCGUUUCACUGGCUUAGACUGAUACGUCCAAAUUGCAUCACUAUUCUAUAUCAUA